AUGUCUAGGUUCUUUGUAUCGGGAUAUAGUUCAGAAUCGUCUUCUGAGGAGGAGGAUUUGGUGAGUAGCUCUGAGGAAGAGUUGUUGUCUUCCUCUGCUGAACAAUCAGAUGAUGACUUUUUUAAUGAUGAUGAAGAAAGCAGUUCAGACGACGAAGAUGGACGUCCAACAGGUCCAGCAUAUUUUUUGAAAAAGUCCUUUUUGAAAGGUGAUGAAUCUGAUUCUGAAAGUGAUGAUGAAGGUAGAAAAGUUGUCAAGAGUGCCAAGGAUAAAUUGUUGGACGAUAUGAAGGCAUCAAUUGAGAUUAUUAAUGUCAACAAAAGAAGCAACAAUUGGAUUGUCGUAUUGAGCGAGUUCGAAAAGUUGGGUAGACUUUUGAACAGAGCUAAUCAGCAAAGAUUUGGAACUCCAAAGUUUUACAUCAAGUUGUUAUCAAGUUUGGAUGAUUCGAUUACCGAGACUGCAAAUAACGAAAAGGAUGACAAGACAAUGAAAGCAGAUGAAGCAAGAGCUUUCAACACGUUGAGACAAAGAGUCAAGAAACAGAUUAAGGAAUUUCAAGUCUAUUACGAUUUGUACAAAGAUGUUCCAGAAAACUUUGAUCAAGAAGACGAACCCUUGGAUCUGGCCACCAGAGUUGAAGAAAAGCAAGACGAAGGUAAGAAGUUGAGUCCGGUUUUCCAAACCUUGAAGCAAAUCAGUGAAAGCAGAGGUAAGAAGAACGUUGACAGGUCAGAGCAGAUUGUAAGCUUAGAGAAUUUGAUUAAUGAUCAAGUAAGCACAUUUGAGCUUAUUUCAAUUUACCAAAUGUUAUUGUCAAUUAGGUUUGAUGCCUCAUCCAACCAGUUCAUGCCCAUUCAAGACUGGCAGAAGAAUUGUGAAGAUAUAAAUAAGUUGUUAGACAUUUUAUUUGCAUCGAAGGAAUACCAAGUCAGUGAAACUGGGCAAACAACUGAUGAGAUUGACAUAGAACCCACACCAGUUGACGGGGUUAAAGUAAUCUUUGGAUCAAUCACAUCCUUAAUUGAUAGGUUAGAUGAUGAUUUUACCAAGUCUUUGCAGAACACUGACCCCCAUUCCAUGGAUUACGUUGAGAGAUUGAAAGACGAAAGCAGCAUCUACAACUUGAUUGUUAGGGGCCAGGCGUACAUUGAAUCUAUUAAUUCUUCACUUGAUAGUGAGCAGUUGGCCAGGAUUGUUUUGAGAAGAUUGGAACAUAUAUACUACAAACCAACACAGUUGAUCCAGGGAAAUGAAGUGGAAACAAAGAUUGGCAAAGGUGAUGCCAAUGAAAUUAUUGAUUCUUUGAGUGAGUUCUUGCAGAAAAGUGCUAAUAAGCUUUACGCACAACUUGCGAUGCUUUAUUCCAUUUACUAUUACGCUGUCAACAAUAACUACGAGAAAGCCAGAGAGCUCUUUUUUGCAUCUCAGUUUUACAAAAACAUAAAUUCAGCUGAAUCAUCAUUGCAGGUUCAAUACAAUAGGGCAUUAGUCCAAUUGGGAUUGAGUGCGUUCAGAGUAGGAGCUAUUGAAGAAUCACACAAGAUUUUGAAUGAAAUUAUCAACUCACAAAGAUCAAAGGAAUUGCUUGGACAAGGUUUUAGCACCAAAUUCCCUAGUCAAGCUACUGUUGCUGAGAAACAAAAAUUGUUGCCAUUCCACCAGCAUAUCAAUUUGGAAUUGUUGGAAUGUGUCUAUAUGACGUGCUCCUUAUUGAUUGAAAUACCUGCUUUGGCAGCUGCUUCAUCAACCAAAGAUAAGCGUAAAAACUCAUCUAUUAAAUCAUUCAAGAGCAAGCUUGAGUUUCACGAUAGACAAUUUUUCACCGGUCCACCAGAGAGUAUUAAGGACCACAUUAUACAUGCUUCCAUUGCUUUGCAAAAGGGCAACUGGUCGAAAGCUUACGACUUGUUGGCUUCAAUAAAGAUUUGGAGGUUGUUCCCAGAUACUGAAGACUUGUUAGCCAUGAUGAAGAACCAGCUUCAAAUUGAAGGCUUGAGAACCUACAUUUUUACUUACAAGCCAGUGUACACUAAAUUGUCUAUUGCUAAAUUGAGCACUAUUUUUGCUUUACCUGAAGAAAAGGUUACUGACACUGUGACCACAAUGGGUGAGCAAGUCGAAAAUGGAUUUAUCAACUUUUCGACUGCUGCAACCAGAUCGAAGUUGCAAGAGUUGGCUAUAUUGAUGAAUGAAAAGAUACAGUUGCUUACAGACAAGAACGAAAAGACAUCUGCUAGCGGUCACAGUAAGAAACAACAACCACAACAAUCCACUCAGCAAACAACUCAACCACAGCCCGAGGAAAACAGGUUCAAAAUUGCUAAUGUCAAUAUCAACAAUGACGAGUUUCAGACAACUGCAUAG